UGACGAAACUUUGCUGAAAAUGGCUCCGAAAACUAGUGGAAAGGCUGCCAAGAAGGCUGGAAAGGCCCAGAAGAACAUCUCGAAGACGGACAAGAAGAAGAAGCGCAAGCGUAAGGAGAGCUAUGCCAUCUACAUCUACAAAGUGCUGAAGCAGGUCCAUCCUGACACUGGCAUCAGCAGCAAAGCCAUGAGCAUCAUGAACAGCUUCGUGAAUGACAUCUUCGAGCGCAUUGCUGCAGAGGCUUCUCGUCUGGCCCAUUACAACAAGCGCUCCACCAUCACGAGUCGCGAGAUCCAAACUGCUGUGCGUCUCCUGCUGCCCGGAGAAUUGGCCAAGCACGCCGUGAGUGAAGGCACCAAAGCCGUCACCAAGUACACCAGCUCCAAGUAAAUCGACGCCUGUCCAUGGAUCAUUCUCCAAAACCCACAAAAUGGCCCUUUUGAGGGCCCACAAAUGCAUUUCAUAGAGAGUUUUUGAUCAUUCUUCAAUGACUGGAAAAUAAAAUGAUCUCACUGCUUCCAAGGAUCAAAGGAAGCAGCAGAACAAAAUGGUC